AUGAUAUUCGUGGCAAUGAAUUAUCGGGUAGGAGCUUUCGGCUUCCUCGCUGGAACUACUAUGGAGAACGAAGGUACCCCAAAUACUGGGCUCUGGGACCAGAGAGCAGCUUUUCAAUGGGUUAGGGACUACAUUUCAUUAGUAGGUGGAGACCCGGCACGGGUAACAGCUAUGGGGCAAUCCGCUGGAGGUGGAAGUAUUAUACAUCACAUUAUCGGACAAGGUGGGAAGCUUGACCCUUUAUUCUCCAAGGCUAUAUUGCUUUCCCCAGCUUUUGAGUAUAUGUGGGAUCGCGCUGGUGUGGUUCAAAAGACAUUUGAGGCAUUUGCAAGAAUGGCUGGUUGUGCCGGUCAAGGCGUUUCGUGCUUGAGGCGCGCUGACGCAUACACUCUGGCUAAUGCGAAUACGCAGUUGAUGAAGCAGCAGUAUCCAGGCACCUUCGCAGUCGGUCCGACGCCUGAUGGAUCAUACAUACGACAGCUUCCCGUACUGGAGUUAAGGACUGGAAAUUUCUGGAGCAUGGAGUCACUCAUCUUGUCGCAUACUACUGCCGAGUCGAACGUAUUUGUUAAUGGCCUUGUACAGACGGAUAUCGGGUUUACAUCGUUUGUCGGCGCCAUAUUUCCAAAUUACACCCAGGCUACCGGAAUCACGGAUAGGAUUGGUGCUUUCUACGCGGUCUCUGGGCAGUCAAAAUACAGGUCGCAGACGGAACGAGUGCAGGCCCUCCUUCGCGAUAGCAGCUUCACAUGUAAUAUUCGUCAUCUUACCGAAAGCUUUGGCGACUCCAAGGUCUGGAAUAUACAGUACGGGGUAUCGCCUGGGUGGCAUGGAACGGAUCUUUUCCCCAUCUUCAGCGCCAAGCUCGGAGGUAAAAGCUGGCUUGAGAACCUGGCGGCGUUGAUGACACCUGGUAUCGGAUCGCUCCUUUCCGGCAUCAGCGUAGCGUUGCAAAGCUACCUUACGAGCUACAUUCUCACUGGUGAUCCUAACACCAAUCGCAAGAUCUUCAAUCUGCCACCGACGGUACAAUGGAACCAUCCAAAUAGUCAGGCAGAGCAGAUCUCAGGCGUGGUUAGCCUCGAUGAUUGGGGGUUUAGCACGGUACGAGAUAUCCAAGACGAGAAAACGGCGUGUGAUUUCUGGAGGAAUAUAGCCGCAGCCGUGACUGGCUUGGGGGGAUAUUCGCCUCCUGGUGCAGUGGUACAGCAAAGUUUGGUUGAUGUGAGGGAUCCGAGUAUGAAGUACAACGGGGGAAACCGAUAG